AAAAUCGAUUGCCACGUUUUUCGGUGAAUUUACAAUUUUUUUUUUAACACCAGCAGUACAAAAUACUGCUGGUGUUAAAAGAUGCAAAGGAAGCGUGGACAUAUCAAAUUGCUUUUAUAGAUGAGCAUACCUCUAUCAAUAUCUCAUAUUGCACGCACCUUUGAGCGCAAGCUCGGAUACUCUUCCACAGGAAAAUACAAGCAAUGUUAGUACAAUUUGAACGCUGUGAUCGACGCCACCCGCUGCUCCGUGAACUGCCAGUAUUUUCAUUUGAAAAAAUCUUUCAGUAGUAGCGUUGGACCAAAAUUGAUUUUUUGAGUUAUUUUAUGGCUCCUAUGUUGGAUAAAUACGAUGAUGACAGGACAUUAAUUUCUGGAGAAUGAUGUUUCAAUCGAACACAUCCCCGAGGACUAUCGAGCUGAAUCAUCAGAAUAACAAAAGUAGUCGAAGUCGGGAUCAACGGAUUUGGCCAUUUGUCAAUAAUGUGUCCGAUAAAAAUGAAAAAAGGAGUGACAUCAUUGGUCCGGCGGAACAAUUGGCUCGACCUAGACCCGUCAAAGGACCUUUCGUCGGUCCACAUGAGGUGAAUUCAUGGCAGGAUAAGGAUAUCGAUGAUCAGGAGAGCUUUCAUCGAGCUAUCAGUCCCAUUCUCGCCGUAGCACAAAUAUUCGCAUUGCUUCCGCUCUUCAACAUUCGUAAUCCUUCACCAGCGAAAUUACUAUUCAAGCUGAUCUCAAUAAGGACAUUCUACUCAGCAGCUAUAAUCAUAAUGCUGUGUUUCAUGACUUACACGGCGUUCGUGCAUAUGAUAACUACCUUGCGGGCUGAUACUUUUGUACAAGACGGGGGUGUUGCAACGGCAACUGGUGGUAUAAUGUUCUAUGGAAAUAGUUUGGUGGGCACCAUGUUGUUCUUUUGGCUGGCGCCCAAAUGGAUCAGCCUUCAGCAAGAAUGGAGGAUGAUGGAGCGAUUUUUCAACAGCUGUAAAUAUCCACGACUGAGAUUGCGUUGGAAAUUCACGUUGAUCACCGCCAUGAUAAUGAUUCCCGCUGCUCUUGAGCAUAUUCUAAGCAUCGUCAAGGCUAUCCCGGACUCCUCCGAAUUCCCUUAUCGAAAUGCUACCUGGAGGGAAUACGUCGCAAUUUACACUGACAGAUCUCAUGCGUUUACUUUCACGACUGUGAAAUACUCCCCUGGUCUUGGGAUCUUCUACUUCCUCAUCAGUAAAAUUGCGACAUUCACUUGGAACUUCACUGACUUAUUCAUAAUUCUGGUAUCAACUGGCCUGGCCGAGAGGUACAAACAUCUGAAUGAGGUAGUAUUGGAGGGAGGAAAGUCUAAUUGUUCGAAUUUGGAUUGGCUAAGGCUCCGAGAACAAUAUGCCAGUCUGAGUAGCCUAGUAAAGCACGCUGACAACACUAUUUCACCUAUAAUUCUUCUGUCUUUUACCAAUAACCUGUACUUCAUCUGUCUUCAAUUGCUCAAUGGCCUAUCUCCUAAGGGAUCCAGUCUAAUCAUGACUCUAUACUUCUUCGCAUCGUUCGCUUUUUUAAUUGGCAGAACUGUCUCUGUGACGCUGUUGACAGCGAGAAUCAAUGAUCAGAGCAAACUUGCCUUGCCUGCUAUCUACAGUUGCCCACCAUCGUGCUUCACUAGUGAGACUCAACGAUUGCAACUUCAAUUAACGACUGAUGAAGUCGUCAUGACCGGUCUCAAGUUCUUUUCAAUCACUCGGAAUUUCAUGUUAGCAGUUGGCGGGGCAAUUCUCACGUACGAAGUAGUGCUUCUACAGUUCAACGUGGCAAUGGGAAAAUAAAUGAACAAAGUAUUUACCAAAUUACAUGGAUAUUCAUGUAGUUGUCUUGUAAAUUUGUACACUUGUUUUUGAAAUUUCUCUGCACCACAAAAUCAUAUUUUCCGCAGGAAGGAGAAAUAAAUGUAUAUUUGUUGGCGCUUGGAAUAUAUGCGAAGUGUAUUAUUUUUACAUCCUCACUCUACGUUUAUUUUUCAUUUAUUUACUUAUUCCAAACGUUGGAGUGAUUCAUGAACAAUAAUAAAUAAAGUGAAUAGUACAGAAAGCGUAGACAUCCCCUCAUCAUAUGUAGAAUGUUUGUUGCUGAGUAUAUUCAAUUUUCUGUGGAUUAUGCAUAAUCAUAAAUCUUCGUUGAUUCGCUCUUAUCAUGUCUUAAUUUUCCAAAACCUAUUUUCAAACGAAUGGUUCCCAGAUUUAUAUCGCUUCUCCUCAAAAUUCAAUAAAUAUCAAGCAAUUAUCGGGCAAAAACUUAAGCCACAGUAGGAUAACUAUUGCUAAUAGAAGAUAAAACAAGGAGAACAACCACAGUAGUCAAAUAGAUUUAUUAAAUUUGUGACAAGCGAGAGAUUCGUGAGAACGUGUCAGUUUCGGUGAUACCGAGAGAUAAAUAAAUAAGAAGGAGAGUUGACGAAAAGAAUUUUAAGACAGAAAGUAAAAAAAUUUCUAUAUUUUUUUUCGAAACUAUGAAGGAGGUGCUGACGCGUGGUUACUUCAGUUCGCAAGCAUUUGUCAAGUUUGAAGGGUUCACCUGUUGGACGGCAUUGAAUUGCACGAGAACAAGUUCAUAAGUGAUUAUUGUUCCUGCAACCUAAAUGCCAAUGAAAAAUUAAUAGUUUCGUCUUGAAAUGUAAAUCCUGUUAAAUAAACGUUUGACUUACUGUGAGAACAAGACUGCGGGUAAUGGAAAAAAACUUCAUUCCUGUCAAUCCUAUAGUGUCUGUUGUUACUUGGGACAAGAAUCUAACCACCUGAAUCAAUGACAAAGCAUUAUUGCAUGCAUUUGCUGAAUCGCAAUUGAAAAACGUAGGAGAGAGCGGAGCAAAACCGAACAGCGCAGCGAAUAAAUAACUGUUUAAAAUUCAUUACAGAUAACCGUUGAAUUUAUUUUUUAUUAAUUUGUCAAGUAAAAAGUGUAAAUCUUGCAAAAAUCCUGCUUGAAUUGUCACAGGCAGUGCGCGACUCUUCUAUUUUGCUCCGUCUGCCCCUACAUUGACUUAUACCUCUGUUGAGUAACUCGAGCUAGAAACACUGUACAAUACCGGUGCAGGAAGUAAUGAU